CCCCGCCCUCAUCCAUUAACCUUAGGAAGAUGAGUAACCCGCAGCUAGGACUGCUAAAUCAUGGCUUCAUUUGUAGAACGGUUAGCCUUUCUUCAGAAAGAAAAAGCAGUUGGCAGAACGGAAUAGGUUUAUGUGAUACAAGCAGUCCAUUCCAUAAUUUCUUCCCCCAACUCAAGGUUCCCACCCUGAUGAAGGCUACAGCAGAUGAUGAAAACCCCUGUCCUGGCUACCUUUUCCAAGAGAUUGGAAAAAUCUCCCAUGAGUCCUUAAGUUGUGGUCAGUGUUUGCUAGAAUACCUUCUGGAGAGGCUGCAAGUGGAGUCCUGCCAUGUCAAACUUAAGGUGCUGAAGAUAUUUGUCCAUCUCUGUGGUCAUGGCUCAAAUCACUUCCUCACAGAGCUCAGACGGAACUCCACCUUCAUCCAGCAAGCAUCAGUUUACAGUGGCCCUCCUGAUCCCAUCCACGGUACAGCUCUGUACCAGAAAGUGAGAAGCACAGCACAGGAAGUGGCGCGGUUACUUUUUACUGAUGCAGUGUCCACAAACAUCAGCAUCCCGCCACACAGCAGAGCCCCUCCAACGAUGGGUAUGGGCUCGGCGGCCCCUCACAGGUCGGGAAUGCAGGGUUUUGGAUACAACCCGGGAAAGCAGGGGACGGCAAACAGCGAUUCGUUACUGGAUAAGAUCCAGAAGGCUGCCGAGGUGGUGGCCAGCGCUGUCCUCCCCCCGACCGAGCACCAGGGCCUCCGUCUCCAUGACAACAAUUACCGUGCAGUGGUGGCUCCGUCGGCGCCCAUCGAGGUUGCCGUGCCGGCCUGCGCCUACAGCCUUCCCGCCCACAGACCCAGAGCGACCGUGCGGUGCCCGGGGCAGGCGGGGGGCGGCUGGGAGGAGAGCGACAGCUGCAACGGCUCCUCUCACAACUCUUCUCAGGACACGGCCGCCAACAGCAGGGCGUCGGCGGGCAGCAAGUCGGCCGGUUCAGGGAGCCAAUCGGGGGCGAGCAGAGAGAGCAGCGGGGACCUGUCGGACCGGGUGGAGGCUCUGCAGCUGGGGGACUGCGGCCAGGAGACGGCCCUCAUCAGCAGGCUGACCGAGGGGUCCAGAGUGUUCCUCACCAGAGAGGAGAGCCAGCACUUCAUCAAAGAGUCAGUCCGGCCUCCUCCGCGGGACUCUGUGUGUCUGGUAAACCGCGGCCUGACUUCCUGUCCUCCUGUCUGUGGCAGGUGCUCCAUUCUCAACUGUGAGGUGGUGGUGGAGCUGCUCUCCAGCAAGCUCCAAGACCCCUCCUACACCGUCCAGAUGCGUGCCCUGUGCACUGUCGCCUGCCUCAUGACCUCCGACCUCCUCUCUCUGGAGCAAAUGUUCGGAUCUACUCAGCGCAGGCUUCGGCAACUGAGCGAGGGCCCUUCAGGGCCAGUGGCAAACAAAGCCACCAAGAUCCUGCGACAGUUUGAGGCUCUGAUGGGUGGAUCUCCUCAAAGUACCAAGCAGGACCCGGCCAACAGCAGCCAAGAGGCCACAGGAAGUCAGCAUCCCCCGUCCAUCCCUUCAGGCAGUUUUCCACCUACCAACUCCAAAAACCCAGACCCCGAUCCCGGUCAGCCUGAAGGCGUCACCCGGUCCUCGAGUUGUCCAUCACCCCCUUCCAGCCUGGACCCGGAGCUGUUGAACCACCACGACCAAGAGCAGGAGGAACCUGACAUCUGGCCAGAAUCUGCGGAACAGCGGGAGCAGCCGGUCGGGACAGGUGAGAUAAAACCAGCAGAGGGUCCAGAGCCGGCCGGAGACAGAAGCCCCCCGCCUCCCCCCGAAGCCCAGAGCAGGCCGUCCCUGUUCAGCGGCAUGGAGCUGGUGACUAAAGGGAGGCCGCCGUGGGAAAGGGCAGCGGCCCACGCCGAGCUGGACAGCAUGGUCAGCGGCUCCGGUGAGAACCAGCCCAGCCCCUCUGACCUCCUGCCGGGCUGCACGCCCCACAUGGACACCAGGGACCUCACCUCCAUCUGCAGUCCUGUGGCCUCCGACAGAAGCCUGUCGGCGUCUGCAUUCUCGUUUCUCAACUCUUGACGGCAGAAAGAGAUGAAACUUUGGGCAAUGAUGUCAUCACCUAUAUCCUUUUUAUUUAAGAAAAAAAAGGGAUUUUCCAGACUAAGACUGGACAUUUUUGUUUGCAGCUAAUACAGUAUGUGUAUAACAGAUUUAGGCUGGGUUUCUUAGUCUGCGUGCCUCCUCAGGAGCUGUUUAUUUAAGCAGCAAACUGGGCCAAAAAAAACAAGUGUGGUCGUUUGGGGCUACAUGAGUGUUUGAGCAGUAUGACACGCCCCUUUAUCUCACCAUGGGGAGAUAUGGGAGCUUUGUUUGUCAGGUUUUUUCUGUUUUGUUUUUUGGUUUACUUGUUUCAAAAGUAUUCAUAUGUUGUUUAAGUACAAACUGAUCUGCCUUACAAAGUCUAAGAACAGUAAAUACAGAAACAUUAAAGCUGAGAGAAGAUCUGCAACAGAGCGGAGACCCACCUACUGGUACUGAGCCCCAAAAUUAAGACAUGGAAGCUACCAGAAGGGCUUUCCAUCCAAAUUUAAUAUUUGCUGUUUGCUUUGGGUUAAAAAAAUAAAAAGAAGUUUAUUCUAAGGUUACAUGCAGCCCGUUUAAUGCAAAUUAUUAAUCACUUCUGAUCAUAGAAGUCAUGGGAAUACAGCUUUGAAGAUUAACAAUCAGGGUUCCUGCUUUUUAUCUGUAGCAGCACUGGGCAUCCGAUGUGUGUCUGUUCUGUCUUUUUUCAGCUUCUAAUUCAUUUCUACCAUGGAGUGUGAAGUCGGAACGUAGAGGCAAAAGAGUUAAAAGUGGGUAAAUGUGCAUCAGUAGUUGUACGGGGGUCUCUCAGGGUGCCCUGAACACAUUUUUGGAGGGUUAUGCAGUCAAGGCAAAUUUAGUUGCUGCGUUUUGACUUUGUGGGGAAGCAUUUCAAGCUUCUUUAACUCAGGAUUUCUUUUAAGUACCAACUCAUACCUUUGCAGCAGGUCCUGAACCUCUGAGGGAAACCCCUCCUCUUGUAAUUUGCACUACAGUUUAUUUAAACCUACAUGAAAGAGUAGUCUUCCAUAAACUUUUGGGACUAAGCUGUCUUAACAUUUUUGUUUACAAAUGAUUUCUGUCUUACUGUUUGCAGUGAACAAUUCCCAACUGUUAAGGAACUAGAGAAGUGGUGUGUGAAAUAUCUGCAAUAUCACGAGAAAUGUUGUCAAUUGACACAACUGUCACUAUUUCACUUUUUUCUUAGGUAACAUACAGUAUUGCAGUGUUUACUACCAUGUAGUCCAAACAGUUACACUAUAAGCAACCAAAGUGCUGUAUUUUGUUUCACUGAACGUACUAAAAAAAAAGUUCAAUAAAACCUGCUGUAUGUUUCUUACAGCACUGAGGACUACGUGAUUCUGGAUAUAUCGUACUGGUGUUUUCUGCUUGGACACUACAAGUUACUUAAUUUUUAUGAAUUGCAUAUGAACUGAUCACACUGAAUUAUCUUAUUUUAUUUUAAAUUUUGUGCUUAAAACAUUGGUGCCUCAGCUGGGGCAGCACUGACUUCUAGGUCUAUAAUUAUCCAGAUUCUAAUCCAAGGUUGGCUCUUGAAAGGAGAUCCAUUACACCGAACCCAGUGGUCCUCCAUAUCCCAGAGUCUAUGUGCUCCUCUAACAGGACACAGAACUUUUUUCAGAGGGACAAAAUGAGGGUUUGCUUUAAAAAUGCCUCCAUUUCCUCCAUUGGUGAUCUUUUGAAAUAAAACAUGUCACAGACCGCUUCAGGUGAGAGGGAUUUUUUUUUCUGACUAAAGUGCUAAACUUUAUUUAAAUCUGCAAGCACUUUGGAUCAUCACACUUGUCUUGUCAUUAGCACCAAUGAAAAUGUCCACGCAUCGACGCACGCAUUUAACGAGAAUGAUCUCUCUUGAUAAAGUGCACAGAGUGCGUGCACACACACACGCACACACGGACACAUAAAUACUGCACAGAAAACCACAGUGGCUGGGCCAUGGAAAGGCGAAUGUGCUUAUGGUCUCAACAAAAUGGUACACGGCGAGGUGGGGAUGAGCCAUUGCGCCCAAAAACUGUAAACCUCCCCACAUAUCAUCAUCAUCAUUGCCUUCCACCUGACCCUGAUGUUGUCACUCGGGGUUCCCGGAGGGGAGCGGACGCGCUGGCGGCGUCGGCGCUGACGGAUGACGUAGAAAAAGGGCGGCAGGGGCCCCGCGGCUGCCGGUCAUGUGGAGCCCGGACGCCCUCUGGUCAGGAGGCUGCUGAAGUGCGCCUCUCUCAGGACUCUGUUGAUGAAGUCAUAGGAGUCACUUCCCCCGUCGCCAUGGAGACCGUGCUGCAAGGAGCUGGCGGAUCCUUCGGGCUUUGGGCUGGUGCAGUUGCUCUGGCUGUGUAUGCACGGCCUGGUGCUGGCCUCUAUUGCUCUUUCCGGACUGCUGAUCCCAUUGCUGCUCUCGCUGCUGGAAGACUCUGAGUCCAGAUCGGACACGAGCAGGCAGGGCCCCGGUCCUGACCUCUUGGCCUGAGGUCUCAGCUGUUGGUCUUCCUCGCUGUCACACCUGUGGUGCCGUUUCCUGUCAGCAUUUCAGCAGUGGGGGUUUUAUUUUUGGCAGAGAAAAAACGACUGACACUCCUCGAUAAAGCCAGGUUGAGACGUCUUCUUUAGAAAUAUCGGCUGAACUUCGACGCCACGACCAUUUCGCAUCAACUCAGUGUGUCGAGCUUUGCUCCCCCCCACCACCACACACACCGGUCACCCGCGUCGGAGAACGCCGUUUUUAGCGAGCUAUUUCCAGCCUGCUGAGAGACAGCUCGCCGCAGGACAGCAACCGACCUCCGCCGCCUGGUUUAGCCUCACUUCUUCUGCCCUCCGCCCCCCCCCAAAAAAAGUUGCCCCGCCCGCCGAGUGCCAGCCUCCCGGGCCGAGACCUAACUGAAACUUACGAGCUACCGGCUGGGUGUUGUCGGCCACUCGGUAUUACCUGGAGGAACUCCAGAUAUGAGAGCUGAAAGAG